AUGGGGGAAACGAGACCCAGCAUUGGAAGUGCAGCCCAGUUGUCCUCAGUCAUGCCCGGGCUCCUGACGACCUACGAGACUUUACCUUUGACAAAGGACUCCUUUUGUGUGAGCAGCCUCAGUGAGAACAGGAAGAGGUCCAGACCGUGGAGCUCCGUCCUCAAGAUGAUCCCUCGCACCUUCUUUCCUCUGGUUCUAGUCGGGGUGGUGGUGUUCUCCGUCAGCGGGCUCUUCGGGGACCCUCUGAACGACUGCCUGCAGGACGCCGACUACGACGAGCUUCUGGACAUCGUGGUCAGAGGACUCCCCGCCUCCAAGACUCCUCGCCACGUGGCGGUCAUCGGCGGGGGCGUCGCCGGACUGACCGCCGCCAAGGUUUUAGAAGACGCCGGACACAAGGUGACCAUCGUGGAAGCCAGCGACCGCAUCGGAGGCCGAGUCGAGACCUUCAGGAACAGCGGAGAAGGCUGGUACGCCGAGGUGGGCGCCAUGAGGAUCCCCAGCUUCCACAGGAUUCUGCUUUCCUUUGCCUCCAAGUUCCAGAUUCGCCUCAACGCCUUCAUCCAAGACGACAGGAACACCUACUACCUGAUAAACGGCGUGCGACAGAAGACGCACGCCGUGGGCAACAACCCCGACGUGCUGAACUACAGCCUGCGUGAAGGCGAGAGGGGGAAGUCUGCCACCGAGCUCUUCGGCCAGACGCUCUGGAAGGUGAAGGACGAUCUCAAGGCCGUCGGCUGCAGUGCCAUGAUGGAUAAAUACGAUUCCUACACAGUGAAGGAAUACCUGGUGAAGGUGGGCAACCUGAGUCGCGGUGCCCUGAGGAUGAUCGGAGACAUCCUGAACGAAAACAGCCUCUUCUACACAUCGCUGAUAGAGACGCUGUACAUUCAGUCUGACAUCAGCGACAGCACUCAGUACUUCGAGGUGACCGGUGGAUUCGAUCACCUCCCGAGGGUUUUCCACCAGGCGUUAAAUGCCACGACCCUCUUCAACUCCAAGGUCAAGCGGAUCAAUCAAACAGGCGGCGGCGGCGUGACGGUGACGUACCGGGACGGGGGGAACUCCGGCUCCCUGGCGGACCUGACGGCGGACUACGCCCUGGUCACGGCUACGGCCAAGGCUGCCGUCUUCAUCGACUUCGAGCCGCCUCUCUCCGCGGACAAGAUGGAGGCCCUGCGUUCGGUCCAUUACACCAGCUCCACCAAGGUGGUCCUCAGCUUCGCGGAGCGGUUCUGGGAGAAGGAGGGCAUCCGAGGAGGGAAGAGCAUCACGGACCGGCCGUCCCGCUUCAUCUUCUACCCCAGCCACGGCUUCCCCGGCACGGCGGCGGGGGCCCUCCUGGCGUCCUACACCUGCUCCGACGACUCCGCCCUCUUCCAGGGGAUGAGCGAGGACGAGCUGAUGGCCGUGGUCCUGGAGGACUUGGUGAAGAUCCACGGGGAGCACAUCCGGCCCCUGUGGACGGGGGGCCUGGUGAAGAAGUGGGGCCUGGACCCGUACAGCCUGGGGGCCUUCGCCAUGUUCACGCCCUACCAGCAGGGCGAGUACGCCAAAGACCUGUUCCAGGCCGAGGGCCGGGUGCACUUUGCAGGGGAGCACACGGCCAAGCCGCACGGAUGGAUCGAAACCGCCAUGAAGUCGGCGCUCCGGGCCGCCAGAAAUAUUAAUAACCUCUCCGUUUAGUUUAUUUAUUUAUGAAUCGCAAAUACUUUGGUUUGCACCCUCAUAGGACUUGUCUGGUUUCGGGGGUUUAGCUUGUGGGUUCUGUGUCUAGCUUGUGGGUUCUGGGUUCAGCUUGUGGGUUCUGUGUCUAGCUUGUGGGUUCUGUGUCUAGAUUGUGGGUUCUGGGUCCAGCUUGUGGGUUCUGGGUUCAGCUUGUGGGUUCUGUGUCCAGCUUGUGGCUUCUGGGUCCAGCUUGUGGGUUCUGUGUCUAGCUUGUGGGUUCUGGGUCCAGCUUGUGGGUUCUGGGUUCAGCUUGUGGGUUCUGUGUCUAGCUUGUGGGUUCUGGGUCCAGCUUGUGGGUUCUGUGUCUAGCUUGUGGGUUCUGGGUCCAGCUUGUGGGUUCUGGGUCCAGCUUGUGGGUUCUGUGUCUAGCUUGUGGGUUCUGGGUCCAGCUUGUGGGUUCUGGGUUCAGCUUGUGGGUUCUGUGUCUAGCUUGUGGGUUCUGGGUCCAGCUUGUGGGUUCUGGCCCAUCACAUGAUGUGACCCGUGUUUUGAACAUGUUUUAUGAUUCAGGUGUAAAUUCUGACAAAGAUUUGCACACACACACACAUGUUAUCGUCCCCCUGGUGGUGGUUUGCAGGAAUUGACUGG